AUGCACGCACCCAAGACCUACCGCAACCCAAUCCUCCCCGGGAUGAACCCAGACCCAUCCAUAACCUACGUCCCCCCAGGUUCGAGUGCCACCCCCGGCUACUACCUCUGCACCUCGACCUUCGAAUUCUUUCCCGGUCUCCCCAUUUACCACUCCCUCGACAUGGUCCACUGGACCCUCAUAGGUCACGCGCUGAACCGUCGUUCACAGGGUGUGGAUAUGCGGACCGUCGAGGCUUCCGGAGGGCUUUGGGCGCCUACGUUGAGGUAUAAUGUGAAGAGGGGGAGGUGGUAUGUGGCUUGUACGUGUUUUUACAAGAUCGGCGACAAACCGUACAUGGUAGAACCGACCGGGUUCUACGUGAGCACCGAUGAUAUUCACGACGAUUCCAAGUGGAGCGAUGCUGUCUACUUUGAAGAGCUGGGUUUCGAUCAGGAUAUCCUGUUCGACGACGACGAUCGGACUUACCUCACCUGCACUCGAUUUCAUAUGACCUACGAGCCAGAAUUUUCCAUGAAGAUCGUCUCCUACUCGAACGAAUUCGACCUCUCCACCGGCCGUUCUCUGUCCCCACCUCGUCUGACUAUGGACUCGGUGUUGGGCACGGCAGAGGGCUGUCACAUCAUCAAACGCGAGGGUUGGUACUAUCUCUUCACCGCCGAAGGAGGUACGCAGGACGGCCACCAAGAAUGGGUUUACCGGAGCGACAAACCCCUGGGUCCUUGGGUCGCACCUCCGGUUCAUAUCAACCCGAUCGUCUUUAACGGCAACCAUCCCCAUAUCCAAAACACCGGACACUUGGACAUGGUCGAAGGUGAGAACGGACAAUGGUGGGCCGUCUUCCUCGGAGUUAGACCUCAGUUCAAGGCGGACCAGCUGGUCAAUCCCAUCCUCAUGCGUUCGGCGCUGGGGAGAGAGUCUUUUAUGGCCCCCGUCGAAUGGGUAGAUGGGUGGCCUGUUGUCAACGGUCAGAGACCUAUCGAGCUCGUCGGGGAAGCCAACGUUGGGAGCGUCUCUUACGUACCGGCUACGAACUGGAUCGACGAGUUCAAGACGACCACGCUACAACUCGGCUGGUACACCAUCCGCACCCCCUUACGUCCCUUCCACUCCCUCACCUCCCGGCCCGGCUACCUCUCCAUCCGAGGUUCCGCCUAUUCGAUCGACUACCAAGAAUCCCCCUCUGCUCUGCUCCGUAAACAGCCCGAUUUCGAGGGAGAAUGGUCGACGGAGAUGAACUUCCUGCCUAACGUCGAGGGGACCGCUGCGGGGUUGGUAGUCUGGUUGGACAAGGACGCUCAUAUUACCUUGAGCGUGAGGGGUACUCGGAAGGCUAGUGGUGGUAGGGGGGGUAGUGGAAGGGAGUUGGUGUUCAAGGCGCCCAGUGCGGAUAGGUCUUUCCAAGAAACCACCUUCCAGCUUGAUUCCGAGGCUGGUCCUCUCGUGCUCGGUGUCAAGGCACGAAAGGACGCUUACGAGCUCUGGUACAAACGAGCUGACGAGCAAGAAGCAGCUCCUACGGUGGUAGGAUCGGUCAAGACCAGCCUGUUCCAACCCUUGUUCACCGGAGUCCACAUCGGGGUCUAUGCACAGGGGGUCGCUGGGUCGCCUUGCCUCGAACCUGCCUAUUUCCGAUAUGCCAAGUGGGAGGUUGCUACCGGGAUCGAGGCGUAG